CGCCUCCAGCAAGAAGAAGAAGAAAGCAGGCAGCAGUUGUAGCGCAAAAGAGGAAAAUAGAAAUUAUCUGCGCCGCCUUUGGCCUACUGCAAAUCGAAUCAACGGGAUUGAAAAAAUCCUGCCCGAAUCGAGUAACCAAAGAGCUUCGUAUUGGAGGCCCUCGAGGGAUUUAUUUAUGUUAUUUAAACAUCUCGCAGUGAAGCAACGUUUCUAAUAAGCAAGCAUAUAUAAAUGGUUUCUACUUUCAUUGGCCUAUUGGACAUUCAAUCAUGGUGGGAGAUACCGUGUAUUUCGCAUUUCUGUUCAUUGUUUAGUUCCGCCUUCGAAUUACCCGAUAUAGACAUCGAGGACCUCGAGUCGGCGCUGCUCUCCGAUGGUACCAGCGAUGAGGAUCAGGUUGCCCUAGUGCCCGAAUUGAUUGUGCGCCUCCUCAAGGGCUGCGAUGCGCUCCAAUCGGUAGCGAAGGAGAUCACACACAGCAACUAUCAGAUGUUCUUGCGCCGCCUGUUGCGCCAACAGUGUCGUCUGCAUCAAACAGAGAAUCCCUUCGACACGGACAUUGACUUUCAAUCGCUGCCACCGCGCAAGCGCCUACACAUUCUGCACGAUCUGUGUCACUUUCGCCUGGAAUCUGCCGAUGUGCAGGUCAUACUCAGCAAUCUAGAGGCGGACAGCCUGCGCGUAGAGCCACUCGGCCACGACUCUAAAAAUUCCGGUUAUUGGUAUUUCUACGGCACUCGUUUGUAUCGCGAGGAUAAGGCCGUUGGCGGGGCCGCCGCAGCAUCGGCUGGCGGUGCAGGCAGCAACUGCAACACCGUGUGGCAGGUCAUCUGCUUCACUGAGGAGGACUGGCAGAACUUGGCGGCCAAAUUCAAGACCUCAAAGAAUGCCAAAGAGCGUGACCUCUUCCAAAUACUCAACAAGAACUUUCUGCCCAAGCUGCCGCAGCUUUUCCGCGAGCGUGAACGUCUAAGGAGAAGAAAACUCUUACAAGUGCGAAAUUCGAGUCGCAUUCGCAGCAUUGCUGAGCUGAAAGCUCGCCAGGAGGAGGAGCGUCUGGAGCGGGAGCGCGAGCUCGAAAGGGAACGCCAGCGAAACGAGCGCGAGCAGAGAGAGCGAGAGUACAGAGAGCGGCAGAGCGCACAGUGGGUGGCACCGUCAGCCCAGAACCAGAACCAGCGCACACGUAGACGCUCUCAAUCAACAUCGACUGCCAGCGGUAUUUCCACAUACGCAAGCUCCUUCCGACGUACCACAACCACUAAUUCGAGCGAAUUUCUGUGCCACAGGGAAACCUUCUGCCUAUCGCCAGAAAGUGACGAGGACACUGAUACCGAGGAGGAGGACGAAGACGACGCCAAAACAAACGAAGCGGAACAGUCAUCGUCGCCGACAGAACAGCAAGAGCAAGAGACUCAAUUAAUUGCUGCCUCAGCAUCAGUAGCGGCAGUAGCAACAGCAGACACCGAUUUUCGUACGCCUCAAACACCGCCACCGUCAGAAUCGCAAACGCCAGCGGAAUCAAAGAGCAAGAGCCAUCAUCGUCAUCAGCACCAUCAUCAUCAUCAUCACCACAAGAAGAAAAAGUCGGGCAAGAAGCAGAAGAAGCGUUCGCGUGAGCAUCGACACCAUCGGAGGCGUCACAAGCAUGCCUCAGAGCCAGAGGCAGAUCAAGAAGACGACAACAACAACCAGCAGCUGCAACAGCAUCAUCAGCAAAGCGAGAACAGCAGCAGCAGCAACAGUGGGCCGCAUAAGCGACGUCGUCGUCAGCAGCAGCAGCAACAGCAGAGGGAACAGCGCACAGACGCUUCAGAGGAGCUACCGCAUGCAACAUCUCUGAGUCCCGAGGACAAGGAGAACUUUUGUCGGCAGCUUCAGCUCUUGGACUCGAAUUCGGCGGCGAUUGCCGUGGCCACAAGCAUCGCAGACCUGAGCAUACCCUCGCCAGUGGCACAUGAGAGCGACGUGGAGCAGCAGGAGGCGCAACCGCAGCAGCAGCAACCAGCAGAGUCCCCAGCUCGACCACGACAGACGACGGCCGCCGCAAAGCGCGCGCAACGGCAAAUGGCGCCGGCGGCGAAUGUAAAGCUGCCAGGCCGGCAAACCAACAAUUCGCUCAGUUCGCUGACUGGCAACAUUUUCAUACCAGGCAGCACUAGCACACAACAACAACAGCCGCAGCAGACGCAAUCGCAGCAGCCACAGCAACAGCAAUCGCAGAGCAGCAGUAGCAACAGCAGCAUAUCCGGCGCCUCGGGAUCUGCCAGCACUGUGCGCUCGAAGAAGCAAAAGGAUGUGCUAAAUAAUAGCUCGACGGACAAAGAGACGACGACGACGACGACGACGACGACGGGCAACAAGAGCAAGAAGUCAACACCUUCAUCGGCCUCAUCAUCGUCCAGCAAGGCGGAGCGGCACAGUGGUGCCUUCUCGGACAAGAGUGGCGAUGACCAUGUAAAUAGUAGCAAGCGUAGCACCACCAAAACCACCAUCACAGCCACCACAACCACCACCACCAACAACAACAACAAUAGCAGCAGCCUUAACAACAACAACAAUCAUAAGCAGCACCACAAUCAUAAUGGAAAGAAUAAUAAUAAUCACACGACGGCUACAGCAGGAGGAGGCAUAGGAGUAGGAUCAUCGUAUGGAACCCAUAAUAACCACCAAAAUAACAAUCACACAAACAAAAAUACAAACACAACCACCUCUGUUACAUCCCACUAUCAGUACCCCCCGUACCAUCAGACAACCACUAAUCAUAGUAAUAAACACAAAUCCAAGACGCACCACCAACACCACCAUCACAGCCAUCACACCCUAACAAUACAUCCAUUCUCCUCAAUUACAAACCACACAACAACAACAACAAAAUCAAACAUCAACUCAACGUACAACUCCUCCAAUCAUGCGAAUAUUCUUAGCUUCACCGAAACGGAGGAAGUGCUACAAAUUGGAAUGCACAAGGUGCUCGUCUACGUGAAGAAUCAUCGGGAUGCAUGGCCAUUUAUGGAUCCCGUCGAGGAGGACAUUGCACCGCGGUAUUACUCCAUUAUUAGGAGACCAAUGGAUCUGUUGAAAAUGGAGGAUAAACUGGACAGCGGAGAGUAUCACAAAUUUGGUGAAUUUCGUAAUGAUUUUCGCUUGAUUGUUAACAAUUGUCGCCUGUACAAUGGUCACAAUAAUGAAUACACGGAAAUGGUGAACAAUCUGCAGGAUGCCUUUGAGAAGGCCACCAAAAAGUACUUUGAUAAUCUGUCGGACGAUGAGGAUGAUGACCCAAAUCUAAGCUAUCCCGCUGCCGAUUCCAAGAUGAAUGUUUUCCGCGAAAAGUACUUCAGCAAGAAGGCCAAGGAGGAGGAGGGCAAGGAUGCGGCUGGUAAUGCUUUGCAUGCGGACAGCAGCGCCGAGGAGGAGCAGCCGCCCAGCGCCAUGGAAGAACCAUUGUCGGAGACUGCAGCGGCGGCCACUGCACAGCGGGCCCAAAAGCGCAAGCGCAAGGAGAAGGAUAAGCGGCGCAAAAAGAAGACCAAAACCAAGUCAGAUCGCAGCGGUGGCCAUCUGGAGGAUCUGGACACGGACGAAGAGGAGUUUGAGCCCGAAAGAGAAGCAACGCCGCCACCGCCGCAGCUGCCGCCACCAGCACCACCUCCAGCCACAACCAAAAAGAGCAAAGCUGGCAAAGUAAUCAAAGAAAAGGUGAAGGAAAAGGACAAAGAAAAGGACAAGGAAAAGGAAAAGGAGUAUUCAGCUGCCGUCAAGCGCGGACGAAAGGGCAAAGGCGAAAAGACCGCAGCAAAGUCGGGCGGCAAGACACAGCAAAAGACCAAAAAGGGUGGCAAAAAGUCGGCACCCGAAACGGAGUCGGACCUAAGUGAUCCACGCGAGGACGAGGACGAGGACUCCAGCGAUGACGAGCAGUUGGCCCUGGCCAAGGCCAAGUCCCUGAUGAAGCCCUCCGCACGCACGAUAGCCGCACAAAAAAAUAAAUCUGUGCCGGCCGAGUCCAAGGUGAAGACACCAACGCCGGGAAAGCGUCAGCUAAAGGGCAAGAAGGGUGGCAGAAAGUCUACGGCUAAGGAGGAGGACGGGACGGAUUUGGACAGCGAUCAUUCGGAUGUGAAUGCAAAGAAGCAACUGCUGCCACCCACAGCAGCCGCAGCGCUCGCGGAGUCGGCCGCAGAGUUGGAGGAGGAUGAGGAUGAGGAUGAGGACGAUGAUGAUGACGAUGACGAGGCUGAUGAGGAUGGAUCGAGAUCGCGCAGCAUGUCACCCUUUAAGGUUGAUCUCCAUAAAAAAUACUCGAAAAGUGCCCUUAACGAUGAUCUCUCCGAGCUGCUGACGACGGUGAAAAAAGUACCUACCGCAGAGACCACGAAACUCAGUGCCAAGCACGAGGACGAGCAUGAGGAGGAGCAGCAGCAGCAGCAGCAGCGGAGCCAACCACGACGAGUGUCCUUGAGUAGAAGUCGUUCGAGCUCCACAGAACUUCGCCCUUCACCGGUGGCCACCACUAAGAAAGGGAAGAAGGCAGCGGGAGAGAGCAGUUCUCCAGCCAAAAAGGACAAGGAAAAGGAUAAGAAGGGCAAGGAUAAGGAGAAAGAUAAAGAUAAAGGACGCAGUGGGAAACACAAGAGCAAAAUAAGCAAAGAAGAGUCGGCCGCUGCGGCUGCUGCCGCUGCAGAGCAAGCGGAAUUGGAGAUGCUUCUGCCCUUCAUGGACAAGUACGAUGUGAUCAAGUAUCGACGCAGUCGCGCGGCACAAAGUGGCUCUUCCGCCUCCAAUUCGAUUGCGCCCAGCGAGGACUCCAAAUCGGCCAGCACCAAGGGCAGUCGCGAGAGCAAGAAGGCCGCCUCCAAGCGUGAAAAGUCACCAGAAGCGCCAGUGGAGCACAAGCGUGGUCGCAAGAGCAAAGAGCAGAAGCGUGCCAAGGAUGCCGAGAAGCUGGAGAAAACCGAGAAAUUAGAGAAGAGCUCGUCAAAGCCAGCCAACAAGGCGGUUGAGACGGAGAAGCAUGGGGAAAAGUCAAAGAAAGCAGAGAUACCAAAAAGCACAGCGGAGAAACCGGCACCCAAAGAAAAGUCACCACCAGCACCGGCCAAAGCGUUAACGACAGCCGCCGUAAAGCCUUCAACCUCCAAGGCAUCGACAGCAAAAGCGUCGCCCCCAAAGGCGGCAGCUACAAAGGCAGCAGCUCCACCCAAAGCGACAGCCACGGCGACCAAAUCGGAGGCAACAAAGGAGCCUCCCGCCUGCAGCAGCAGCACGGUUGCAGCUGCAGCGUCUACAGCUUUUGUUGCCACUCCAGCUGCUGCUGCAGCGAGUUCCAAAGUGAAGGAAUCACCAGCUAAAGCAGCGGCCAAGAAGCGUGCGGCCAAGGAAAUGCCACCACCACCAAAGCCAGCAGAUAAACCCAACGAGAAGGGCGCCAGAAAGGGUGCGAACAAAAAGGGCGUGCAAAAGGGCGGCGGACCAACGACAAAUAACACCACGAACCUCGAAGCUCUAGAUGUUGAGACAGAGCAGACCCUCAAGGACAUCAAUCGCUGGCUGGAGCACACGCCACAAUUUACGGCGGAGUUUAGUUCCGCCAGCAAUUCCCCCAACUCGCGUUACAAUCUGUUGGAUGACUUUGACUCUGCGCUGGGUGCCAGCAAGCUGGAGGCAGCGGACUUUCGACGACCGGUGGCCCUAGCGGCGCCCAAGGUGGAGCUGGUGCCCAACAAACUGGCCGAAGCGUUGAACGAUUUGGUGGCCGAUGGUCCGCCCAAGGAGGGAGCCAAAUCCGAAUCGGAAUCGGCAGCGCCCACGGCCAGCAGUGUGAGCAGCAGCUGUGGCACACCGCCGCAUUCGAUGCACUCGAGCAACUCCAUUGGCAGCACCUCAGCGACAGCUGCCUCCAGUUCGAAUUGCUCCAACACCUCGAUGCCCACACCGCUGCCGGUGGCUGUGACGCCCACACCUACAACGCCCACGCCACCGCCAGUGCUGCCAGUACCGAAACCCAAGGAGCCGUCGACGACGCAGCUGCUGUUGAAUCCUCCACCGCCGCCACACAUCAAGCAGCAGCUGGCCAAGGAGGCAAAGCGGAAGAACCUCAAGGAGAAGCAGGCGGCCACGGCACAGGCGCAGCAGGUGAAGGCCAAGGGGAAUGUGAUGCGAACGAUUGAGCGGCUGCAGCCGGGCAAGGCCAAGGGAAAUCUCAUCCAGAAUGUGGCCGCAGGCAAGGCAGAGGAGAGCGCAGACACCACACUCAAUCAGGUGGCCACCAAGACCAAGGAAGUGAAGAAUGCACUCACCACAGAGACCACCGAUGGGGCACCGAAACUGAGUCUGGGCACUGUGAUCAAAACUCAAGACUUUACGCUGGGUAAGACGUUCGAUGAGCUGGCGGGUGCGGGCAAGAAGCCAACGGAUGAGGAUGACUGCAGUCCCAACGAGGAGAGCAAAUCAAAUGAGUCGUCGGUGAGCCCCAAGACCCCGAGCAAGGAUUCCCCACCCAAGCCUUUUGAGGCGCUGCUGGAGCUGAGCAAAUCGGCCAAGGGAUCCACGGAGGCAUCCAGCAAGGCGGCUGAGGCAGCUGGGCAGAAAGAGAAGCCGAAUUGGAGCGCCUGGCUAAAGGCUUUUGGCGGUCCAAAGGUGAGCAAAAAGUCCGACGAAGAGGAGAAGCAACAGACGACCGGUUCGGGCGGGGAUUUGUCUGGCGAGUCGAACAAAGUGCCGCCACCAGAGCACUCGCCGGCGGGUGAUAACUUCUCGCUGCCGACGGUGAUGCGUCAGAGGAAGCCCAGCACAGGCAGCACCAACUCCGAGAGAAGUUCCUUCAGCCAGGAUCCAGACUCGCCGCGCAUAGCCAUCGAUGAGCGUUACGGGGCGUAUGCCGCGGGCUCCUACACCUCGCCCAUAGGCGCCUCACCGAUUGGUGCCUCCCCGAUUAUGGUGUCGCCAAAGCCCAACGAUGAAAUGGGCAAGCCAGCGUCGCCCUACCCGCUUAAUGGAGCGAUCAAGGUGGGCUUCUAUCAGGACACCACCACCAAGAGCAGUCCCGACAAGAGCUGCAGUCCGCGUGAGAUGAACUCACCCUAUCCGCAGUACUCGCAGCACAUUUACUCCUCCGCCUCAUCGCCAAAUGUCUCUACGCCGGAUAUGAGCGGCACAUCGCCGUAUGGCGGCGGUAAUAGCUAUAAUCCCUCGGGUUCGGAGGCCUCCAAGACGCCAGCGUAUUCGUCCACAUCUCCGCUGCCCAUCUACGAUCAGUACAAGCAGCCGCGCUCCCAGGAAUCUGAUUACAAUUCCUCCAUGAGUCCGAGCACACCGAAUCCCCAUUCGCCCUAUCAGCAGCCACAAAGUUCGCCCUACACGACGCCCCAGCAGACGCAACCGUCGCCGUAUCAUGGCCAAUCGCCGUACCAUCAGCAGCAGCACUCACCAUAUCAUCCGCAGGCGGAACAACAGCAGCAGCGCGGCGGCGGCGGUGGCUCACAAUCCUCACACAGUCCGGCGGCGCACCAGCAGGCGCACAGUCCGAUGCAAGGCAGCGUGGGAUCGCCUGCAUCCUCAGCAGCCACACAACCGCCAACGCCGCUGGCCCAGUCUCCGGCAGAGCAGCAACAUUCGCCGUAUCAGCAGCCAGUGCUGUCGCCCUACCAGCAGCAGCAGCAGCAACAGGUGGUGCAACCUCCUGUGAUUGGUGCGGCACCAGCGGUACAGCCAACCACCAGCGCUGUGGCACCAACAGCUCUUGGCAACAAUGGCUAUGGCUCCGGGUUAGAUGGCUAUCAGCAACAGCAGCAAAGAUCGUUGUAUAAUCCGGCAACGUUGAUCAAUCCACUGCCCACUGCGGCGGCAGCUGUGUCCUCGGCGGCUGCCUCCAUAACGAAACCGAACAAUGAAUGGAGUCUGAAUCGCAGUCUGUUGCCGCCGAGCAUUACCAACAACGUGAAUCAGCAGGCAACGCAACAGCAGCAGCAGCAGCAGCAACAGUUGCAGGCAGCGGCGCAACAACAAGUCUUAGGGCUGCAACAGCAAAUGAAACCCAAAUAUCCAACGUACGCGCAGUAUCAAUCCACCAAUGCGGCAGCCAGUGCAGCAGCAGCAGCCGAUGCAGUGGACAAGCAGCAGCAACAACAGCAGCAGCAGCAGCAACAGAAAAUUGUGCCCCCUACUUAUGGCAGCGACAUGGCCACAUUUAUGCAACAAAUUCAGCAGCCGCCGAAGACGGAGACGCUGAUCAAUCCGCUUAAGAGACCCGGCGAGGAGCUGGGCAUGGAUUUCAGUGGAAAUGCAGCAAGUAAAAUGCCGAAAAUAGACGAUACUGCGCCACAGCAGCAACAGCAGACGCCAGCACAGAUGCAGCAAGCGCCAGCACAAAUGCAGCAACAGCAGACGCCGCCACAGAUGCAACAGCAACAGGUGCCAAACCACACGCAAUCUCACUUGACCAAGCAGCAGCAAAUGUUCAACAGUUUCCUGGGUACCGUCACAUUUGGCAAGCCGUUGGGCAACAUUGCGCCAGAUAAGGCAUUUGAGAUGUACAAUCGAGCGGCAGCCAUGGGUUUCCCCAAGGAUUUUGGCAAGGACAACAGUUGCCAGCUGCAGCAGCAGCAGCAACAACAACAACAACAGCAGCAGCAACAAGCAACGCAACAGGCGAGCGGCAACAAGCAGCAAACGAAUCAGCAACAAACGCAGCAGCCACACUUGACACAGCUGCAAACGCCGCAUAAUCAAAAUUACCAGCAACAACAGCAGCAGCAGGCUCAAAAGUUGCCACUGCAACAACAGGAACAGCAGCAACAGCAGCAGCAACACAACUACCAGCAGCAGCAGCAAUCGCAAUUAAAUCAUAAUUAUACGACACAGCACCAGCAGCAGGCGACGACGGAUAAGCCGCCAGUCACACAGGCCGCAGGAGCAGUCGUCAGCGAUGCGAGCAACAUGAUGCAUCUACCCUCGACCGCGCACCAGCAUCAUCUCAGCCAGACGCACCAUUUGGCGGCAUACAACAAGCCGACACCGCCGCCACCGCAGACCUACAACAAUCCGCUGAUGCACAGCCUCACCGAGUCGAUGCUGGGCUAUCCCGGAAACUACUUUGACAAGGCCAUGCCGCCGGCGGCUCACAUGUUCAGUGCCUCGAGUGCAGCGGCCACAGCGUAUGGCAAUCCAGCACAGCAACUGCCCGGGAACUAUGUGCCCGGCAGCAACAAUCCCGCGCAACAGCAACAGCAGCAUCAGGCUCCUGUGGUAGCAGCACCUCCCCCAGAGGUCAAGGCACCAGCAAAGCGUGGCAGGAAGAAGAAGGCAGCCACCAUUGCUGCGGAGGCAGCGGCUGCGGCAGCUAAACAACAGCAGCAGCAGCAGCAACAGGCGCAACAGCAACAAGUGCAGCAGCAGCAACAGGCGGCUGCCGCACAGCAGGCGGCAGCGCAGCAGCAAGCGCAACAACAGGCAGCGGCGGCGGCGGCGGCGCAGCAACACCAGCAGACAAUGGCGCAAUACAACAUGCCACAGGGAUUCCAGCUCUAUGCUGGACUCAAAUCGGGCGGCGUCUCCUCGUCGGCCACUAGUGCGGCGGCCACGCCCACAACCGGAGGAGCGAAUGGCAGCAAUCAAACGGCAGCAGAUGCCGCGGCAAUAUCCCUCAAAACCUCCACAGGUGGCAUGGUGCCGGGCAGUGCCUUUAACUUUGCGCCCACACCCGGAGCACUCGGCCUGUACGGCGAUCAGUCGGCGGCUGCGGCUGCCAGCAGCUACUUGGAUCAGUUCCGGGAUGCCACCAAUCCCUACUACAUGCCACCGGCACCAGCGCACCAGCUACCAGCGGUAGCCAAUGCGGCUGGGAAUGGAGCGGACAAGACACAGAAUCCACUGAACACGGCAGCCGGAUCGUAUCCCUUCCUGGCGGCCGCACAUCCAUCCACCCGAGCGGCGGCCGCAGCGGCGGCAUAUCCCUUCCCGGAUCCAAAUUCUCAGCUGUAUCAGCAGUAUCUGCGGCGCGAUGACUUCCACACGCGAAUGAUCUUCAACCAGAGCCUGCUGGGGGGACCAGCGGCGGCGGCAGCAGCGGCCGGUUAUGGCCAACCGCCACCACCGCCAUCCGCCUAUCGAUCCGCAACACUGGGCAUGCCCAAGCCGUAUGACAUUAACAGGCAGUCAUGGUUUUAGCAGUACGCCAGUGCCGCCAACGUGGAUCUCCAAGGGGACGACAUAACGGGGGCGGCAACUGGAUCAGCAACAGCGGCAGCAACGGCCACAGGAGCUGCCACAUCAGCGGCAGCCACAGGAGCCACACAGCUAUGAGAUUGCAAAUAGAUUUAACAGCAGGGCAGAACGGUUUCAACCAGGCCAGAGAGAUUUUAUUGUGUGGUGUCGAAAGAGGUCCUGGGGCGUAAUUGUUUCUAAAUGAUAUUGUUUAAUAUUUAAGACUCGAAUUUCCUGUGUCCUUAUUUUCACGAUACCCCCCGUCUCCUUUCCCUAUCCUUUGUGCAAUUUUUCCUUCAAUUUUGACUGCAGUUGCGCCCCUUGGACCAAAUCGAAGUGAAGCGAAGCGAACCCUUGCGCCCCCAAUUAGCCAGUUAGUUGGUCUUUUUAGUUAGUAUUUAGUACUAGUUCUAAGCCUUUACUUUAUGACAAUUAACUCGUACUAGGCGUAGCUCUAAUUAGGCCUCUAAUUUUGAUUUAAUUAAACUUAAUUUGUUUUUAAUAAUUAACAAAACAAAAUGAUGAAAGAACCAAGCGAAGCAGGAGGAGAAUAGAAAUUCAAAGAAUACCCCGACUAUAAUUAGUUUUUAGUUUAUUUCCACAGAAUUUACAAAUUAGAACGUGUAAAUUAUGAAUAUUAUUAUUGAUUACGUAACUAUCUACUAUUACAAUGACUAUUAUCGAAGCAGAAAAGGAAGGCAGGGUGAUCGAGCAGCAUGCCGGCAAUUUGUUGAAAUAUUUAUUAAACGUAAAACUAAGCAAAGAGCAGCAGGCACACAAAACCGAACUACUAUCUAUCAUAAAGGACACACACACACUUUUAGUUUGUAGAAAGCCAAGCAAAAAUUGUAUAAACUUUUGUUAAAUAUGCUAAGUAAGCUCUUAAGCAAACGCCCAAAAACACAAAUAAACCAAUUACAAAACAGAGCAUGCUCCCAUCUAACAUAUUGUGCAACAUUCCGCCACAAAGAAAGGAAAACCCUCAGCACUUACACGCCCUCCACCCCUCCCACAAAAAAAAUAAAUAUUUAGAAAUACUCUCGACCAUUUUUGCUGUACAUAAAAACUGGUAAAACAAACACAUCUCAAAAUUGUAGCUUUAAACGGUGUAAAAAAACAUUAAUUGAUUCGAAAUUAGAUGGAAAAAUUUAUGAAAAAUGGAAAAGUGUCUUAGUCGCUAUUAAAAAUUAGAGAGGGAAAAAUUCACAAGAAAAUAGAGUCAAGAGAGAGAGUUAAAAUAAAUAUAAAUAUAAAAUAUAUAUAGAGUCCCCUGCCCGGCCCUCUACCCGUAAUCGAUUAAGUUGUUAAAGCUUUCGUUUUUCGCAGUUAAAUUUUAAAUUUUCAUUAUGAAUACACAAAAAAUAGUUUAUAAA